AUCAAAUGUCUUUGAUGUGAUAUUAUUGAUGUUUGAUUUUUGCCGACUGGAAUUCUGCCCUGCGCGAGCCACUUUCCUGCCGCCGCCCGCGUGCACUUUGCAAACUAAGGGUUAAGGCGUCCGGCGCCUUACGCACAGGUGUCCCGUCAGUCCCUACAGAAGCGGCGCCUGCAAACUGGAGCUGCGCCCUUUUCCCUUAAUUAAGUGGAUCGUGACUGUAACUCGGCCGGGACCUGCUGUUCGACCAGACGAGUCACUGUAAUCCACGCCGCCGGACCCGAAGCGAGCUCGCGCAGCGCAGCGCAGCGCAGCACCGAUCCGCGGCCGCUGCCGACGCGGAGAACCGUGCGCGCCGGGACCGGGCUCACGCGCCCCGACGCUGCGUCUGAGUCCAGCGCUUGGAAGUCCGACGCCGUCACUAGUUCGCGGCCAGAGACUAAACUCCGUCUUUGUCGGAUUCGUUCCUCUGACCUCGGACCUGUGGCGUCUCCGCUCGUUACGCGCCGGAGAUGUGGUGGAUGCUGUUUCCCAGAUGGAUCUGGUUUCUCGCGGCGCAUUGUUACGCCACGCUGCUCUAUCUGGACGGAUGCCGGGUCAGAGCGAUGCCCAUGUCCGCGGCCAAAGUCGUGUAUUCGCACGCGGGUCUGUGCCCGAACGACCUGAACCCCAACCUGUGGGUGGACGCCAUGAGCACCUGCAUGCGCGAGUGUGAAUCUGACCAGGACUGCGAGACCUUCGAGAAGUGCUGCCCCAACGUGUGCGGCAACAAGAGCUGCGUGGCGGCGCGCUACAUCGACGUCAGGGGCAACAAGGGCCCCAUCGGGAUGCCCAAGGGCGCCACCUGCGACCAGUUCAUGUGCUCGCAGCAGGGCUCCCAGUGCGACAUCUGGGACGGGCAGCCCGUGUGCAAGUGCCGCGACCGCUGCGAGCGCGAGCCGCACUUCACCUGCGCCUCCGACGGAAUGACCUACUACAACAAGUGCUACAUGGACGCGGAGGCCUGCUCCAAGGGCGUCUCCAUCCACGAGGUCACCUGCAGGUACCACCUGACCGGGCCCAACACCAGCCCGGUGCCCGCCGACACCACGCUGCACCCGACCACGGCGCUGCAGACCACGCUCCCGGCCGACGUGCAGCCGCCCAGCGUGCACGGCGGGGCGGCGCCGCGCGCCGUGCUCGCCGGCGACACGGCCAGCUUCCGGUGCGAGGUGUCCGGGAAGCCGCGGCCCGAGGUCACGUGGGAGAAGCAGCAGGAGGGCGGCGAGAACGCGGUGAUGAGGCCCAACCACGUGCGCGGGAACCUGGCGGUCACCAACGCCGGCCAGCUGGUCAUCUACAACGCGCAGCCGCAGGACGCCGGCGUCUACACGUGCACGGCGCGCAACGCCGGCGGCAGCGCGGCGGCGCACUUCCCGCUGGCCGUGGUGCAGAGGGGGGCGCAGGGGGCGGGGCCCGCGGGGAACCGCAGCCGGCCCGUGCCGGCCGAGGAGUGCCUCAAGAGCCCCGACGCCGACGACUGCGGCGACGGGAGCGUCCGCUGGUACUACGAGGCCGCCCGCAACGACUGCUUCACCUUCACCUACAGCCAGUGCAACAAGAACCAGAACCACUUCGACGCCUACGAGGCGUGCAUGCGGGCGUGCGGCGGCGGCGGCGGGCUGGCGGCCCCCUGCGGCCUGCCCAGCCUGCAGGGCCCCUGCAAGGCCUACGAGCCGCGCUGGGCCUACAGCAGCGGCCUCAGGGCCUGCCGCUCCUUCGUGUACGGCGGCUGCGGCGGCAACGACAACAACUUCCCGUCCAAGGAGGCCUGCGAGGAGACGUGCCCCUUCCCCCAGCGCGGCGACUGCAAGGCGUGCAGGCCGCGCGCCAAGAUGGUGCCCAGCUUCUGCCGGAGCGACUUCGUGAUCCUGGGCCGCGUGACGGAGCUGACGGAGGAGCAGGAGUCGGGCCACGCGCUGGUGACGGUGGAGGAGAUCCUGAAGGACGAGAAGAUGGGCCUGCGCUUCUUCGGCAAAGAGCCGCUGGAGGUGACGCUGCUGAACGUGGACUGGAGCUGCCCGUGCCCCAACGUGACGGCGGCCGACGGGCAGCUCAUCAUCAUGGGCGACGUGCAGGGCGGCAUGGCCGUGCUGCAGCCCGACAGCUUCGUGGGCGCCGCCAGCGGCCGCAAGGUCCGGAAGCUGCGCGAGCUCGCGCUCAAGAAGACCUGCGACGUCCUCAAGGACUUCUCAGCCGCGCAGUAACGACUCCCAGGGACCGCGCCAGUCUGCAAACGUCUCUGUAUUGAACAUUUGGUUUCUCCUUGUUUCUGUUACUCAGUAGGGCUCGCAAAUCCUUUAAUCUCCUGCGGUGAUUUAAUGUAAAAGUGGGCAAACUGCUCUUUGUGAUAAUAAUCAAGCUCACGCAGACGUGCUGUCAACUCCAGGUUCACCACCUAAAGAGGUCAGGUACCAGCGCUGGUGACGAGCAUUUAACGUAUUUAAUCUUUGUAACUUUUGUUUUAAAAUAAAGUCAUAGUUUUUCCGUUGAAUACACUAAUACCAAUUAUAAGUCAUAUAAUUUAGGUUUGUGGGUUGAUGUUUUUGUGGGAUCUGUCCUGAGCCUUUAAGCUCACAAUAACACAAUGUGAAGCCUCAGUUCAUCUGCCAGAAUCAAAUAAGCUCCUUGGUUCCAUUGUUUUGGAACCUGUGAAUAUGUACGUGGACAAUACAUAUUUAUUUUUUGGGUCUAUUUCUUAUAGGGAUAUAUAUAUAUAUAUAAAUAUAUUCAUGUUUAUUGAACUUUUAUGGAAUAUAAGGGAAGCAUAAAAACGAAUAAAGAUGAU